AUGGCUCUAGUCCAGACAACUAUAUACAUGAUGUGGGAGGCCCGCAAUCACCACCAGUUCCGGCAACGACCUUCUUCAACGGAGCUCAUCCUCCGGCGAGUAGCUAGUGUGCAGGCGGAGGUGCGUGUUGGUGCAUCAGCUCCAGCUACGAUAGAGAGAAAUGUGGCUUGGCGUGGACCUGCUCGUGGAACUUAUAAGUGCAAUUUUGAUGCUUCAUUCGUUGAUGGGGGAGCAGCCGGUUUGGGUAUGGUGGUUCGUAAUCACAGAGGUGAGGUGAUGGCCUCCGCGUGCUCCUAUCCAGUUCAUGUUACCACUCCUCUUCUGGCUGAAGCAAUGGCCAUGCGGUGGUCCUUACAGCUCGCUAUUGAUUUGGGUUUCCGACGGAUUUCUCUGGAGACAGAUUGCCUGCAGUUGUUUAACCACUGGCAUGCAAAGGAGGAUGGUCGGUCGUAUUUGAGCUCCAUUAUUAAUGAUUGUCGUUUAUUGAGUCAUGCUUUUGAUUUAGUUUCUGUUAUGUUUGUUCGCCGUACGGGCAAUACUGUUGCGGAUUUUUUGGCUAAGAACUCGGAAGCUUAUACCGAUACGGUAUGGGUGGAAGAGGUCCCUUUAGCCGCCGCACCGCUUAUUGAUGCUGAUGUAAUGAACCUGUUGCCGACUGGCUUUUAA